AAGCUCUCUGACCUGCCGAGACGUACCUGACAAGAGUUAGCGUACACAGCUGCCCAGAAGCAGUCAGAGAUACAGAAGUGUCAACGCACCCAUAGGAGUCAACAGAAAAACAAGGCGAGGGUUCGAGCAGAUAUGACUUUUCAAGAUAGCAUAAGUACUGCGGUCACAGGAGGAAGGAAAUGCUGUCUCGUUCAGCCUCACAGUGUAGCUUCAAGAGAGGCAGCCUAGACAUGGAGGGAGACCUUAACAGCUGUAGUGUAGAGCAACUUCGACUACCAACAACUCUGGUGCUGAUUGACAUAUGGUCAUCAGAGAGACGGACAGGUUUAGGAAGAAAACUCCAAAGCUUAAAACACAGGCGGCCAGUGGCGGAGUGAUUAAAAUCAGCUCAGGGCUCCGGUGACUGAUGACCUCCAGAUUUUAUUGGCCUACGCGGAUUAGCCAGAGGGGGGUCAAGCCAUGGGCGACCAGCAGCUGAGCCAGCCGGAGACCAGCGAGGGAGCAGGACUGCUCUUCUUUCAGCAUCACCAGGGGCAGUGUGGCCCCCUGCCCGGGAUGGAGGGCAACCUCUCGCACGCGCUUGGACUGGAGAGUGUCCCGGAGACCAACUCUCCUGCCUCGCCCUGCUUUGAUCCUGACCCCACGGACAGCAGGCUGGAAAUGGACGGACACAAGGGGAUGGAGCUGGCCGGAACCACUAGCUGGAGCCACACGGAUAUGGGCAGCCAAGUAAACAUCAAGCAAGAAUCUGGCAAUCCCAGGCUGGUGAGGGCAGGGAGUGGGUAUACCUACGGUCUCCCAUUCGAACAAUGCGAGAACCAACUGCCUAAACGGACGGAUGGGAAGUUGGACUCGUUUAACGAAGCCUUUGCCAACCGGCACUCCCUCGUUCACGGCUCCAGUGUGAUGGGCAACUAUGCCCAGAACGUCACGCUGCGGCAGAUGCUUUCCGAGAAACCUCCAGCGCACCGCUACCCUCACCCCAGAUUGCCCCAGCACUUGCCGUGUAUGCCCGCAACCCAGCAGCCUAAAGUCAUGCUUCCACAAUCGCUGCACUACACCUAUCCUCAGCUGCGGCGCUUGACAGGGCUGCAGCAGCAGCAGCAGCAGCAGAUGCCCACUGUCACCCAGCAGAUGGCACAGGAUAUCCUGCAGCAGCCCACGGUCUCAAUGCAGCAACAGCAGCUCCAUAAGCCCUCAGGAGAGGCCAAGCAGCAGAGUGACAGCCAGCACCAGAUGAGCCACUAUCACCAGAUGCAGCAGCCGAGUCACCAUCACCUGCUGCAGCACAUGCAGAUGGCACAGAUCAGUAGGGAUCCAGCCCAGCGCACGGUCCUCCAGCAUCAGUGUCAGCCAGGAAAGUUCGAGCAAUUCCACCACUCGCUCAAUGCACCACCUCAAUACCUGUACGGUGAAAGACAACACUACAGGGUACAAGGGCAGCAGAGAGACACCCUGACACACCAGCUGUACCAGCAGCCCACUCACAGCUCACCAGUGCAGAGUCCUCAACAGCUCAACACCUCUCCCUCCAUGCAGUACGCACGGAGCUGUUCACGACAGGAGCUGGAGAACGGCGAACACUCGGGGUGCGCGGAGCUCCAGAGUCCGCUGAGCAUGGCGGUGUCCAAGGACGUGGGAUCACAGGCCUGCCCAUCAGGCAUCUUCUGGCAACAGGUUCACCAAGUUCCUCAAGCCUGUGUGAGAAUGUCAGACCAAAGGAGAGGGAUGGAAGAGAAGCCAGACACCUCAUAUUCUUUCACCUGCAGCUACUGCAAGGAACAAUUCAGGAGCCUCUCAGCCUUACACAUUCACUCGGGCACUAAUGGAUGUAUGAGGACAUCUCACAGUGUGAGCCAGAAUGAUGGAGAGAAGCCUCCAAGGGAUGGCAGCCAGCUCUCUCCUCCCUUCACGGCCACUUCCAUGUCAGUGAAAAUUGAAAGAUGCAGGCAAGACACCCUCCUGGAGGAGAACACAGGCAGCUUCCUAUCUGAGCAGGACAUGCCAACCCUCACCAGAAUGGUUGACUUUCCAGCACAAGAGAGCUCCGAACCUCUCAUUCCCAGGUACCAUUCUGUCACAGUGUAUCAAAGCUAUCUUCGUUCGACAAACACCAUCAUGGGACAGCAGCAAUCAUCUUCUGGUCUCGCCUUGGAACCACCCCAUUACACACCGCUGCCAAUGCUGGAUCCUAACCGCAAGGGUUCGGGACUGUUCUCCAAUCUCAGUGCCAUUGAUCCCAGCACCAAUUCCACACCAUCCCCAUUCCCAUGUAACCAAUUCAAUGGAUUUGAGUUUGUUCAUAAGAAUAACACAGCAACAGUGAACAAUCCAAUUCCCUGCAUAAACAUCGGGCCUCGUUUCCAGGCUGCAAUCCCUGACUUAGCGGACACGUCCCCAGGUGAACAGGACAUACAUAGAGCGGAUUUGGUGUGGAGGCCUUGGAAGGAAUUGAUAGAAAAUGAUGAAGUGCAACAGAAGGUGGAGGACCUGCUGAACAUGGCUUGUUCCAGUGUGUUGCCAGGUGGAGGGUUGAACCGUGAGUUCACCCUACACUGUCUCUCCGAGUUGGACGGUGACAUCAUGGCUGCACUGGAGAUGCUGCUAUUGAACAAUGGAGCCCGUCCUACAUCCCAUCCAUUGGCUGAUUACCAUUACACAGGAAGCAGUAACUGGACUCCCAGCGAACGCAGGGUUUUCAAUAAAGCUUUUGGGAUGCACAGGAAGGACUUCCACAUGGUUCAGAAGAUGGUGAGAUCCAAACUAGUUACAGAAUGUGUUGAGUAUUAUUACAACUUUAAGAAAAGUCUUAAGUUCAACAAGAAGCAUCGCCAUCGACCCUUGGACACGGAUGAGGAUUGGAACAAUGUCUUCAGACAAGACACUGACUGUGAGCAGCCAUUUCCCAGUUCACAAUCGAUACAACCUGUUCACAGAGGGGAGCAAGAGAGUCCUUGCCCCACAGUCAUCGGCAACUUCCCCUGCAAACAGUGUGGAAAGAUGUUUUACAAAAUCAAGAGUCGAAACGCUCACAUGAAGAUCCACAGGCAACAGGAUGACUGGCAGCACAGGUCUCAAGAUGCCCUUUACCCUCCAGUCACCUAUACAGGGGCAGCGUUGGCCAAAUCGACGACUACCCCACCUGCCUAUCCCAGCUGGGACAACAGAGAGAUCCAGGAGCAGCUGGAGGCCAUGUCGGAGGCUAUGACCUGUACAAGUCUGCCCCCUCUGUACCACCAGGAUGUCAAACUGAAUCUUGCCAAAGAAAAGUGCCAAAAUAUUUUCAUAUAACGAGCUCAAAGGAAUGGGCCAAGACAAUUCUUUGUAAAGCACUAACUGUGAAGAUUUAAAUGCCUCUGGCAUACAGAGGGCGCAAAGCCACAAUCCUGAUUUAUGCACAGUGACUUUGGUUUAACAUCUACAGAAACUGAACCCCUUUUACCAAUGAGCAUUUACAGCACUGGGACUAAUGAUUUUAUUCAUUUUCUCUCACUGGUAGCUUUUUAUAUUCAAAUUAUGUAUUUCACAUUUUUAUUGACGUAGCAUAUCUGUCCAUCUAUCCAUCUUUGGUUAACUCUCGAAUCUCAC